CACCUCCUCUCUGUUGUGCCGCUUUUUAUUCACGGCUGCGCGCGCGGCAGGCAGACAGGCACGAGCUCACGCCGCCAUAGUUCUUUAUUAUUCUCCCGUGCGUUUCCGGUUCGCUUCCCGCAGUUUAUUCUUUUUUUUCCCCCUCAUUUUGUGUGUAAUCGCUGUUUCAGAGUGGGAGGAUGGAGCUUCUGUCCUGAGCUCUUCUCCAUCAUCUGUCCAUCAUGAGCUGCUAACAGGAGACUGGACUCUCUCUCUCUCUCUCUCACACACACACACACACACACACACGCACACACAAACCUCGGUAGUGUGCAGGGGAAUAAUCGCAGUGGAAUAAUCGCAGGAUGCUGACGCAAUAGUCUCGGAGGAGUUUGUGGUUGAACAAGGACAGACCCCAUACCCGCUUGACAUCUCUGCCACAGCGCUAAUCAGAGCAAGCGGUCAUGUCGAACAUAAACAGUGCGCUGUGCAUCGAGAGCGGCGCUAACACAGAUGUCUCUCUUUUACAAAAGGACGCCCUUCAAGAAGCCGGAUUAAACCAGCUCUUGGAUUACAACGCAGAAAUUGAACGUUACCGCUCUUUUGCAAACUUUUACAAAACCAAUGGUGCGUUUCCACAGAGCGCCAAGAUCGCUCGCAUCACUACGCCCAUUUUCCCUAGUGCGCGAAUCGGCGUUUCGCCGUGGAACUGUGACAAUGCUGUGCUCUGGGGACGCAAAUCGGCACCGAUCCACCCCAACAGAACCAGGAGUGAUUCGUCCCAGCGGCCCGGGAAACCUGACACGCUGCAGAUGGCAAACGGUAACUUUCUGUCCACAUUAUCGCCGGAGCAUUGCAGGCCGUUAGCAGGGGACUGCAUCAACAAGCUGAAGUGCAGCAGUGCUUCUGAAGCAGAUAUAAUGAACCCGGCGUUCUCUGCCCUGCCUGCUCUGGGGGGCAUCUCUUUACCCCCUGGGGUCAUAGUCAUGACGGCGUUGCACUCUCCAGCCUCUGCCUCUGCUGUCACAGACAGCGCAUUUCAGAUUGCCAAUCUGGCAGAGUGCCAGCAACAUAAUAAUAAUCACAGUAAUCACAUUUCCUCUUCUGCAUCAGGCGUAAAUGCUGCAAAGAAAAAGAGGAAGCGCUGUGGAGUGUGCACCCCCUGCAGGCGGCUCAUUAACUGUGGCGUCUGUAGCAGCUGCCGGAACCGUAAGACCGGACAUCAGAUCUGCAAAUUCCGCAAAUGUGAGGAGCUGAAGAAGAAACCAGGCUCGUCACUCGAGAGGACGCCGGUCAGCAGUGGAGAGGCAUUCCGAUGGUUCUUCUAAUCCCAAAGAAAUACGCCAUCAAGCCAGAUGAUUCAAUAACUGAUUCAGAAAUACUAAUGGGUUUAGAAACCCAGAACUUGGAACUGAAACCAAACCUCACCAGAGGAAAGACAGAAACAAUGGGAAGGAGAGGUGGACAGAAAGAGAAGGUUUAACCUCUGUUUAAUUUAAUUUGUUUAUUUCUUGUGUAAAUAGCAGCAUUUUCAGUGUUCAAUAUCGAGGCUGAUCAAGCUACAGAUGCUUAUAGACAACCUAUAGACAAUCAGUACCUGGAAUAAACCAUUCAGACAGAGAAUGGUGUGUUCCUGAUGAAUGUCUCGGAGCUGUGCGUCGAGGUGACUUUAGGACAAGUGACAUCAGGAGCAA